ACAAGUAUCUCCAACAAAAAAUCACCAUUCAGCAAUUUUCAUAGAAGGGGAAAAAACUCUGAUAAAGAAGUUUAAAAAUCUAAAUUCUUGGAACAACGUGUUAUUAUUGUUUCGGCAACAAGAAGAUGAGUGAUCAUAUCGUUCCAGAACAAUCAAACAUUAACGAUUUUUGGGAAGCAAUAAAUGAAAUAGUGCAAAGCAAUAACGAUUAUAUGACACCAAGCCCUGUUGAUCCAGAGGGUGUACAAGAAGAAGAAGAAAACAAAUUUACUUAUACCUUUAAUGAACAAAACAUUUACAAUCCAUUUUAUAAUAUGGCCGAUAAAGUGCAAAGCCAAAGCUUUAUUGAUGCUGUGCUAGGAAAACAAAUUAACGAUUAUGCUUCUAAUGAACAAUUUGUUUUACCAUCUUCCACAGCAUCAACUUCCAUGGAAAAUAAUGUAUCUUUUUUAACACAACUUUUACAAAACUCUGUUGCUCAUUCAGAGCAUUCUUAUCCUGGCACACCAGCUUCUGAAGAUAUAGAUGAAGAAGACGAAGAAGAAAAGUUUAUCAUCAACUCAAACUUAGAUAUUGGACCAAACACUUCAAGUGCAGUAACAGAUGAAGAACUUAUUAAUGUGUCCGUGCGUGAUUUAAAUAGAAAACUUAAAAAUUUACCAAAAGAAGAAAAAGCGAAGCUGAAGCAACGCAGAAGGUUGUUAAAGAACAGAGGUUAUGCACAAACAUGUCGGUCUAGGAGAAUUUUAAACCAAAAACAAUUACUUGAAGAAAACCAAAAAUUAAAAGAACUUUUACAGCAAUCUACUUUUGAAAAAAAUUUAUAUAAAGGUAAAUACGAAAACCUCAAAUCUGUCAUAAAGAAGGCGAAAUUGGAACGUGAACGUCGUCGUGACAAUACGCAAACAUGCUAAAGAAUUAAUAAGAAAAAUGUCCAUAUGUUUAAAUCCAAAGUGAACUUGAUUUAGGAUUUUUGAUUUUUAUGUACAUAUCUAAAGAAAUGCCAUGUAAAUAUAUAUUAAAUCUGCUUAUCCGAA